AUGGAUGGUCCCUUCAGGAGAUUUUUUGUCGUUGUGUCGAAUCCGGCCAGCCGAACUAUGAGGUUGGCGUCGGGGCUUGUGCGUGAAUACAUGCUCUAUGUACCCCUUGAAUGCACGUUAAUUACAAGAGAAGGUCGUACGUAUGAGGUAACAAUUAGAGGUAAUGCUUAUGGGGUAGCAUUUCAUGAAGGGUGGUUCGAAUUCGUUGUGGCCGAGAAUAUUCAAUGUGAAUAUUAUGUUUCUUUUGAGCGCAAUAGUUUGAAUGAAUUUGUGGUGACUGUUUAUGAGGAGGAUGGAAUUGAGCGUACUGUGGAGAAUCAUUUUACGCUUGAGAUCAAGAAAACGCACGUAGACCGUGCACUUCUGCCUAUUCCUAUUCAUUUUUGGCGGGCACAUGUGGUGGGGCAGUACGAUGAUUUGACUCGUGGGACGUUGGUAUUUGAUGAUGUGAUGUAUGAAGUAGAAAUUGUUGAAGGCCAUGGGAAGGUGUUGAUGCAAAAUGGCCGUGCUAGGGAGUUUGUAAAUAUAAGUGGAAUUGCCGAAGGUUCAAAGUUAACUUUCUACUCGUAUCCUGAUACGCAUGUUGGUUUUGUGGUGCAUGUAGUGUGA